GUUGCCUCACACGAACCGCCGAAAUUAUAGUUAGUGGCCCCCAACGGGUGUACCGAGAUACGGCUCUGCGACUACCAAAACACGCCAGUCUGGGACUGUCUACUGGAAAGUGAUUCCACGAGCACACCGGAGGGAAUCGUUCACCGUUUCGAACAUUCUCGUGAACAAGUGUCGUUCUUACGUUUUAUUUAUCGUUCCCCUUCUAAGUGAUGAUGAUGAUUUGUUGUUCGGUUGUCUUCCGGUGAGAGAGAGAGCACGACUCGAUUCACCGUAACGGUCGAUACCCUAUCGACUUAGCCGUGAUGAGAUCCGAGGAUUCGUCGGGAGACUCCUCGUAACGUGGAUCAGUGGGAUGUUAAGAGGAGGAUUCACGGAGGAAGUGAUUUUGUUGAGAUUUUGUGGUCGAUUCGAAAAACUCGCCGACAAUCAAACGUCUAGAGUCUCAUCACAGUCUUCGUUAAAAAAUCUCAACAUAUCGAUCCCAAAUCAAAGAAUCUCCGAAAGAUCACAUAAAGAAGAUACUCUUGAACCCUGAAGCAUUAAAAGGAAAUCACUUCGAAGCGAGCGAAAGAAGAGGACUCGAUCUUCAAAAAUCUCUUCGAAUCGUGAUUCUCGUCACGAAUUCAAGGAUCCACGUUUAAUCGGAGCAGCGUGAAGCUCGGGAUUGCCUGGUAAGGUGAUCCUUGGCUCGACCGUCGGCUAGAAGGAUGUCAGGCGAGACCGCCUGACCCAGGGCGAACGGGAUCUACUGAGGUCACGCGGAAAGUCGCUGGAAGUUCCGAGCCGCGAACCGAAUGGAAGGAUGUAUCUUCCGGCGAUCUGACUGCCUAUGGAUAUAUUCGGCCGUUGCAACGGCGGCGGUGGCGGAAGCACGGUAUCCGGAAGCGGCGCUGGCUCGGUGAGGGGGUCCAGCAACGAGUCCAGCUGUGGAACGGUCAGCUCUGCCAGCGAGAGCGGUGGAUCCAGCGGUAGGAUGCAGUUGACAGGAGCCUCGGCUCCUGGCACUGCCGCCUCCCCGGAGUCGGGGGUUUCACCUUUGACCGAUGCCUACACGAAGAUGACCAACGACAUCCUGGCGGAGAGGACACUGGGCGACUUCGUCAGCGAACAUCCCGGGGAACUGGUCCGAACAGGAUCGCCCCACCUGGUUUGCAGCGUUCUGCCAGCCCAUUGGAGGUCCAACAAGACCCUCCCAGUAGCUUUCAAGGUCGUGGCCCUUGGCGAGGUCGGCGAUGGCACUCUGGUGACUGUUCGUGCUGGUAACGACGAGAACUGUUGUGCUGAGCUAAGAAACUCGACCGCCCUUAUGAAGAAUCAGGUGGCCAAGUUCAACGAUCUUAGGUUCGUCGGGAGAAGCGGCAGAGGGAAGAGCUUCACGUUGACGAUCACCGUGUCCACGACGCCGCCGCAGGUCGCUACCUACACCAAAGCCAUCAAAGUGACCGUCGACGGGCCGCGGGAACCGCGAUCCAAGACCAGGCAGCAGCAGCAGUUCCAUGCGUUCGCGUUUGCUUCGCAGAGGGGUGGUCCGUUUUUCGCGUCGCCGCUGGUCGACCCUCUGCAACCAUUGCCGAAUCCCCUUCAGCCGCUGCCUAGCCCGCUGCAACCGCGGGACCCGUUGUCAUCCUUCAGGCACGCGAUGCCCGGCAACUGUCAAAACAUGUCCCAGUUCGGUCUGACUGCGAGCAAUUCAUGGGGAUACGGAAGCACGGCUGGUUACGCUGGUUAUCUUCCCGGCCCUUUGUCGUCGUGCGCGGCACAGGCGUCGUUCCCACCCCCGCCGCCGCCGCCGCCACCGCCGCCGCCGUCCUCGUCGCUGGCGUCUUUCGCGGGCACCGCAUCCAUGAACACGCCGACGGCGCCCGAUUCGACGGCGGGCUCCACCGUUACUUCCGGCACCGGUGCGGGAUCCACGGCGCAGCAGGAUGCGUUCUCAGCGGUGUCUUCCCUGGUGCCGGACUCGACGACGACGGGCCAAACGGACCCGCUGGACCCGCUGAGCAGCCUGAUGACAGGGACGCCCAGCCAGAGGUACCAAGACUACGUGUCCCCCCGAUCGUUGUCGACGGACUCGAGCACCACGGAGAGCCCGGUGCACGAGGAGCAAGGUUUCGGGCAGAACUACGGGAACUACUUCCCGACGCCCGGCGUGCUGCCCAGCAUCCUCUACUCGCAGCUGUACGGGAACCAGUUCCAGAACUCGGAGAGCCCGGAACAAAGAUCGGUGGCGGACAGUUGCAGCGUGAGACAGGAGGAAGUCAGACCGGACAACAACGUCUGGAGGCCUUACUGAUACCAAGAAUUCGGGAUUUCGUCGAACGAGCCCCAUCUGUAGGGUAUCCUCUAGGUCCGAAUGACACGAACGUUUCUUACUUCGAUCGGCAAAACUGUGAUUUCGUGUGGGACGCGCUCGCUCGAACCACCGGGCGGGAAACUAGCUAUUAGUGGGCAUUACGAGAAAACGAUUCCGACUGCGGACAGACAGAGAGAACCGUGCCCGACACGCGCGGACCGUCCGGUGCGCCUGGUUCGACGUCGAGGGCGGCGCGACGAGACCGGUCGAUCAUUUUCCACUGGUUGUGUCUCAACGAAUCUUCUAGACCGGGCUGAUUUGUAAUUAAGUGUGUGCGUGGGAGAGGAACACGUGGGUGGGAGUGAAUGGGAGAGAGAGAACGGCUGCUGACAACGAGUGCAAUACGUCGCGCGGUUGGACGCGCGCGCGUACGCCGGUGCCCCGGUGAUGGUGACGAUGAUGAUGAUGUAUAUAACACUGUAUAUAGAUAGAGCAUUGUCGUUUCAUCGAGUCAUUCAUCACUGUCGACGGACUACGCGAAGUCGAGUGAACUGGUGCGUCCGGUGGCCCUCGGAUGGCUGGGAUCCUUGGGACUUGCUGCGGUUUUGCUUGAUUCGCCGGCGAGCUUUGUGAUUUGAAAUAUGUUUGUCGGUUUAUCACGUAACGGUGAUCGUAAUUCAGCAGAUUGUCCGAGGAAUUGUAUCUGUUUCGGGAAAAGUCAGUCUAAACUUUGUUCUCAUCGAAGGAUAUCUUUCAUAAGAACUUGAAUUCUUCAGUUGAAUUCUUUUCAAGUCGAGAUUGUGUCGGUGUAUAGCUUGAUUGAUAAAGUUUCAAAUUAGAUUUCUUCGUGACAGAGGCGAGCGAAGCAAUUCCCAGAGGUCAGUUAUCCAUCCGCGAAACACCGUACGCACUUUCUACUCUAUACGAUUAUGUUUUCAUAGUAUAACGCGAUCGAUUUGACUGCGGGCUCGUGCAAUAUCGUCCGAGCGCGGUUCGCGUCGCGACUCGUCGCGGGAUCGUGCUCGGAAACCGGUCGACGAUCGAAAAACAAGGAGAAUGGUAUCGAAUCUCGUGCACGAAGGAGGAAAAAGCUUCUUGCGAUUCAACGAAGAGUAAAAGCCGCGGCCGCGACAGCGCGCGCCGCGGGACGCUUUCACAUCGAAAUUUCCCGUGGAUACGAAACCGAAAACCGAAAU